AUGUACCCCGUGAUGCUCCAAAUUGGCGCUAUGUCGGUAUAUCCACGACUCUUUGAUCUUGGUGCCGAUGACCUGCCUGUGACGGGGCCUCUUUUUGGCGCCUAUAAGUCGUUUGCCACCGUGCUAGAUAUUCUCCCAAUCGAUUUUAAAUUCGCAUGUUCUACUAGAAGAUAUGAUAAUGCAGCACGAAUUGACAAUGGCUCAGACAGAUCGGCACGAUACGAAAAUUCACUGAGGCAAACGCGUCGUGUCACGCAGACGCGUCGUGUCAUGCAACUUAAAGUGAAGACCAACCUAGACCACCCAAUCCGACCGGCAGCUCUGGUCUGUCGGUCUGAUGAGAUUUGCCGGUCGGUCGGUCUGCGGUUUGAAGAUGGUCUGUCAGACGGUCUGUCAGACGGUCGUAAUCUAGGGACGUCGCUAUGGAGCCGACUAGGAUACCGUCCGGUCCAAACCAGGAUACCGUCUAGUCUAAGCCUUAUUCUUAUUAGUCGAAUUAUAAAGCUAGCAGGGUUACUAUCCGCUCUAAGCCUUACUCUUAUUAGUUUAAGUCAUAGAUAA